GACUCCUCUUUCGGAACUGCGUUCGUUCUCGCUCUUGUCGUUCGAAAAGCUCUUUGAAUCGGCCCUGAAAGAACGAAGGCUUCCUCUUUCUUCGUUGCCUCGCUUCAUCACUCUCCCACAUUCUCCUGUUCGAAACCCUUGAACGAAGGGGGGAACGAGGGGGGGGAAUCCCUAAAUUUGAGACCUAGGAUGCUCUGAUUCUGCAACUCCGAGGCGAUUUCACCAUGGGAGCGAGUCGGAAACUUCAGGGGGAGAUCGAUCGGGUCUUGAAGAAGGUACAGGAGGGCGUCGAAGUCUUCGACAGCAUUUGGAACAAGGUUUAUGACACGGAGAACGCCAAUCAGAAGGAGAAAUUCGAAGCGGAUUUGAAGAAGGAGAUCAAGAAGCUGCAGCGGUAUCGAGAUCAGAUCAAGACAUGGAUCCAGUCGAGCGAGAUAAAGGACAAAAAGGUUAGUGCCUCUUAUGAGCAGGCUCUCAUGGAUGCUCGCAAGCUUAUUGAGCGUGAAAUGGAAAGAUUUAAGGUCUGCGAAAAGGAAACCAAAACAAAAGCCUUCUCCAAAGAGGGGUUAGGCCAACAACCGAAAACUGAUCCAAAAGAAAAGGCUAAGGCAGAGACAAGGGACUGGCUCAACAAUGUGGUUGGGGAUUUGGAAAGUCAGAUCGAUAACUUUGAAGCUGAGGUUGAAGGGCUUUCUGUAAAGAAAGGAAAGACAAGGCCACCUCGACUGACACAUUUGGAGACAUCUAUUGCAAGGCAUAGGGCUCAUAUAAUGAAGUUAGAGUUGAUCUUGAGACUGUUGGAUAAUGAUGAGUUGAGUCCUGAUCAGGUCAAUGAUGUUAAAGACUUUUUAGAAGAUUAUGUUGAACGCAAUCAGGAGGAUUUUGAUGAAUUUAGUGAUGUUGAUGAGCUCUACAGUGCUCUACCUUUAGAUAAGGUUGAAGCACUUGAAGAUUUGGUUUCACUUGGUCCUUCCAGUCUUGUUAAGGGUGUUGGUUCUGUUUCUGCUGCUAAUGCGGUUUUAGGCUUGAAGAAUUCUGUUGCAAGUCCCUCUACUCAGGCUCCUUUGUCAUCAACUGCCUCACAAAAUACUGCACAGGACCAAGGUGAAGAAACAGCUUCUCAGGACAGUAAUUCUGAUAUGGCUCCUAGAACACCACCUUCCAAAAGUGGAGCUGUGGAAUCUUUGGUGUCAUUAGCUUCCUCCAGUGUUAGUUCUGGGACUCCUGCAGGUCCUACUCCUGCUGCUACUUCUAACGUUUCUGGACGCCCAUUGGCUAGUGGGCCAACUGCAGCAGCAAUACUGUCCAGUCCACUAAGUGUUCGAGGUGUUUCAGAUAACUCAUCUGCAGCCAUGUCUGCAUCUAUUGCUAAUUCAUCAAGUUCAGUGAAGGAGGAUGAUAACAUGAGCUUCACUGGCCAUAGAUCAUCUCCAGCCAUCCAUGAAAUUGGAAGUGGAAGAGGUAUUAGCCGAGGGAUAUCCAGUCAAGCAUCCAUUAGUGCUCCUCUGAGUUUAGGCUCUGCUAGUGGUGUUUCAGGAAGUGGAGCACUAGGUUCAGUCCCUGCAGUCUCUGAUUUAGCUAAGAGAAACAUGUUAAAUGGUGAAGAGAGAAUUGGAAGUGGCAACCUCUUGCAGCCUUUAGCUUCUCCUCUAAGCAACAGAAUCCUAUUGCAUCAGGCUUCAAAAACUAAUGAUGGAACUAAUUCAAAUGAUUCUAAUAGUGUUAGUGAGGCAGCACUUAUCGGUGGAAGAGCCUUUUCACCGUCAGUUAGUGGAGUUCAGUGGAGACCUCAAAAUGCAGCUUUUCAGAGUCAGAAUGAAACAGGUCAGUUUCGUGGACGGCCUGAGAUUGCUCCUGACCAAAGGGAGAAAUUUCUGCAACGGCUGCAACAAGUGCAGCAACAAGGCCACACUAACCUUCUUGGUGUUCCACACCUUUCUGGUGCGAAUCACAAGCAAUUAUCUGCACAACAGCAAAAUGCACUUUUACAACAGCUUAAUUCUCAAAGUUCUAUCUCACCUCAAGUGGGAUUAGGACUUGGAGUACAGGGACCAAGCCUUGCUUCUGUUACGCCAGCCUCGCAACAGAAGGCAACUCCAAUUCUUCAACAGUCCUCACCACAUCCCCUGAUUCCGACUGGACCAAAGGAUGGAGAUGCUGGACACCUGAAAGUAGAAGAUCAGAAUCAGCAGACGUUGUCUGAUGAUAUGAACGUUGAAACUGCUACAAAUUCUGGUUUCAACAAGACUGUCAACGAUGAUGACUUGAAGGCACCGUACAUGGGCACAACUUCACCAUCUAUGAUAGAAGGUACCCAGUUACCCAGAGAUACUGAUCUCUCACCUGGGCAACCAUUGCAAGCCAGUCAGUCUUCAGCAGGCCUUGGUGUUAUUGGUCGAAGAAGCAUCUCAGACCUUGGUGCCAUUGGAGAUAACCUUGGUGGAUCAGCUGGAAGUUCUGGUGGAAUGCAUGAUCAGAUCUAUAAUAUGCAGAUGCUUGAAGCUGCAUUUUACAAACUUCCACAGCCCAAGGACUCAGAACGUGUAAAGAGCUAUGUUCCGAGGCAUCCUGCAGUGACUCCUGCUAGCUAUCCCCAAACUCAGGCCCCAAUCGUAGACAAUCCUGCCUUCUGGGAACGAUUGGGUCUUGAUCCGAUGGGCACCGGCACAGAUACCUUGUUCUUUGCAUUUUACUAUCAACAGAACACUUACCAGCAAUACUUAGCUGCAAGAGAAUUGAAAAGGCAAUCGUGGAGAUACCACAGGAAAUAUAACACAUGGUUUCAACGGCAUGAGGAGCCAAAAGUUACAAAUGAUGAAUAUGAGUGGGGAACAUACGUAUACUUUGAUUUCCAUAUUGCAGAUGAUGGUUCACAGCAUGGAUGGUGCCAAAGGAUUAAGACCGAGUUCACAUUCGAAUAUAAUUUUCUUGAGGAUGAGCUUGUUGUGUAGAAUCACAUUAUAUUGACAAUUUAAUUUCAUGUUUUGGUGCAUCAUGAUCAAAGGUUUGUAAUUUUCUUUAGUUAUCAAAUUUAUGAACUAAUUUUUAGGUAAUCAAUUAAGACAACCGUUUUAGUAAGAUAUAAA